AUGCCACGUUAUUAUACUUGGAAUGCUUCGAAUUAUCAAAGACGGAAGCAAGGCGAUGCGGUUCCUGGGUAUCCGGAUGUGCGUUCUACUGAUGCUCUUGGUCGUAUGUAUACAGUUCAUCCAAAGAAUGAUGAAUGUUUCUAUUUGCGGUUAUUGCUGGUAAAUGUGCGUGGGCCAACGUCAUUUGAGACACUACGGACUAUUAAUGGUGUAAUAUUCCCAACAUAUCGUGCUGCAUGUGAAGAACUGAACUUAUUAGAAAACGAUACCCAUUGGGAUACGACAAUCGCUGAAGCCAUUAUCUCUGCAUCUCCAAGUCAGAUACGCACAUUAUUCGCUAUCAUAAUUUCGACAUGCUUUCAAUCAAACCCAUGUAACCUGUGGCACAAAUAUAAGGAUAAUAUGUCAGAAGAUAUUUUACAUCAAAUUCGUAUCACUUCCAGAAAUCACGAUGUUGAGAUGAAUGAGGAAAUACAUAAUCGUGCUUUACUCUUGAUCGAAGAUAUGUGUUACCUCAUGUGCGGUAGUUUAUUAAUCAGGUUAGGAAUGCCAGCGCCCAAUCGUGAAAUGAAUGACGCAUUUAAUCGAGAACUGGAUCGGGAACGUGAAUAUGAUCACCAGGAAUUAGAUUUAGUAGUUCAAACGAACGUACCCCUGUUGAUUUCCCAACAAAAGGAAGUUUAUGAUACUUUAAUGAAGGCAGUCGAUUAUGGAAAUGGUGGUUUAUAUUUCCUAGAUGCUCCUGGUGGAACAGUUGCUUCUUCUGGAAUAGCAGCCACAUUGUUAGAAGGAUGCCGUACGGCUCAUUCAGCAUUAAAAUUACCGUUAAAUCUUCAAACAAUUGAAGAACCAAUGUGUAAUAUUACGAAAAAUUCAGCAAUGGCCAAAGUUUUAUCGGCAUCGAAAAUCAUCAUCUGGUACGAAUGCACAAUGACGCAUAAACGUGCAUUAGAAGCACUUAACCGAACAUUGAAAGAUUUACGAAAUGACUCGAGAUGUUUUGGAGGAGCAAUAAUUUUACUGUCUGGCGAUUUCCGCCAAACACUGCCAGUUAUUCCAAGAUCUACGGCUGCCGACGAAAUAAACGGUUGCCUCAAAUCGUCGAAUCUAUGGCGCUAUGUGAAGAAACUGCAGCUGACAACAAACAUGAGAGUUGCAUUGCUUAAUGAUACAUCUGCUGAAGAUUUCUCUGAGCAAUUGCUGACUAUCGGUAAGACAUUCCCCAUGUCAGUAGUUUUAGCCACUGUUCGUGCGAGAUCCAACAUAGCGGUUGCAGUUGCUUCUUCUGGAAUAGCAGCCACAUUGUUAGAAGGAUGCCGUACGGCUCAUUCAGCGCUAAAAUUACCGUUAAAUCUUCAAACUAUUGAAGAACCAACGUGUAAUAUAACGAAAAAUUCAGCAAUGGCCAAAGAUUUAUCGGCAUCGAAAAUCAUCAUCUGGGACGAAUGCACAAUGGCGCAUAAACUAAUUCCAAGAUCUACGGCUGCCGACGAAAUAAACGCUUGCCUCAAGUCGUCCAAUCUAUGGCGCUAUGUGAAGAAACUGCGGCUGACAACAAACAUGAGAGUUGCAUUGCUUAAUGAUACAUCUGCUGAAGAUCUCUCUGAGCAAUUGCAGACUAUCGGUAAUGGUCAAGUACCUGUCGAUGAAUCGAGCGGAUUGAUAUCAUUUCCAAAUAAUUUCUGUAAUUUUAUCUCAUCAAAAGACGAACUUAUCAACAAUGUAUUUAAAGACAUUAUUUUUAACUACAAAAAUAAUGAAUGGUUGAGUGAGCGAGCAAUUUUAGCGGCUAAGAAUAAAGAUGUAGACGACCUGAACUAUAUAAUUCAAAAUAAGAUCAUUGAAACAAUGCAUUUAUUCAAAUCUAUUGACUGCGUCACAAAUGAAGAUGAAGCCACCAACUAUCCAAUUGAAUUUUUAAACUCCCUUGAUGUGCCUGGCUUACCACCGCACAAUUUAAGCCUAAAGGUUGGCUCCGUAGUAAUCAUGUUUCGAAACAUAAGCCAACCAAAACUGUGA